AUGAGGAAGUCACGGCCGACUUGCAAGACGAUGAAUAUGGAGAUCCAGAAUGAUACGAAAUGGGUGAAUAGUCGAGCUUGGGCGAAAUGGGUCCAAUUUGACCCAAAAUUGGAGGGGGGGAAAGAAGAGAAUCAGAAAGGGAUGCCAGAGACGAUACGGAGUACGCAGUAUUACGAGCGUCGUCAGCAUCUGGCCCCAAUCACGGGCCCCGCGGCCAAGCCGCGUGUGCGAAAACGAAAAAAAAAAAGCCAAGAGAAAAGACCCUUUUUCCCCGUAAUUUCCGAAAUUUCCGUAAUUUGUGUAUUUUUUGGCAUCCGUGAACACGUAACGUCCACAUCCAGAUUUUCGUGGAUCGUUGUCAGUUUUCUUGGCGUUGUCUAUACUUUGGCUUGA